AUGACGAAUAUUAAUACCAAUGACACCAAUAAAAUCACAUCCAAAGGCAACGCACUUGCUACACUGACUUUCUUUAUUGAUGGUAUGUCGUGCACGUCGUGUGUAAUGUUAAUUUGUAAUGCGUUAAAAGAGAAUGGGAAUGGCAUCCACGAAGCUAAGAUUGAAUUUUCCGAUCAUCGUGCGGAGGUAACCAUGGAGAAAGGAAAAGAAGAGACAUCAACGCAUCAAACAGCGCUUGCUAUGCUUCAGAUUGUGAAAAAUCUUGGCUAUUCUGUCAGGGACGCUACUCUUUUUGAUUCUCAACUUGGCAAACGAAGUUUUGUGAAUUUAAAUUCUCUUCAUGAUGGCGAACCUUAUUCUUAUCAUGAGGCAGUACAGAGUGGGAAAAAAGAGAAAGAGCACGCCAACACCAAGUGUGAGCCCUUCUUUGAGCCGCCUACAGUCUCACAUGCAUCCUCCCCUAAACCACAUAACUCCCAAGUUGUCAAAGAGACCGAAACCAUACUAAUUAAUACGUUUCUUUGCGAAACGCGGAUUUUGAUUGAGGGGAUGUCGUGCGCGUCGUGCGCGGCGCGUAUUGAGUCUCGUCUUUUGAAAACACCUGGGGUGGAAAAAGCCUCCGUGAACUUCACAAUGCUCUCGGCGAGUAUCCUGCACGCACCAGCGGAGCUCCCUCUUGAGGCCUUACUACGCGUUAUUCGUGAUUUAGGGUACUCCCCGAAAGUGCUCCACAGCGACGCCGUGAAGGGCGCUACCACUGUGCCCAAUUCCAUGCCUUCUAAUCCCCUUUACAAAAAUAACCCGAAUGAUAUUCAUUCUGAUCAAAAAAACAACAAGGGCGAUUCAUCGACGACAGGAUUUUCAUCAUCUUUUGAUAAUGCGCAGAAGCCGCAGUUUCGUUUGUUGAUUGAGGGGAUGUCUUGCGCUUCCUGCGCGACGCGGGUUGAGCACGCCCUUGCAGAGCUACCCUUCGUGGUGGGAUGUCAUGUGGUCUUCACAACCGGGAUUGCGGCCAUCACGACACGACCGAAUGAGCUCUCCCCCGCGGACCACGGCGUUCAGUUAAUACAGGAAGUGCGGCGGCUGGGGUACGAGGCCUGCCUCUUAUCCUCCCCCGCGGUGGUGGACCCCUCCGAGAAGCCCUCGUUGACGACGCGGAUGGACCUUGAGGAAGGCGAAAGCGAGCUUGUCCGGACCCGUCAGGCGCUGGAGCGGACGACGGAGAUUCGCCAUCAACGCCGGCUCUUCCUCUGGAGUGCAGUGCUGGCCCUUCCAUUGGUGCUCAUUAUGGUGCUAAUGGCCACGACCGACUUCCUGAUGCACCACUCCACCUACGCACUGCUGUCCGAGACGCUGCAGCUCUGUUGCACGACGCCGAUUGUCUGUUACUUCGGCCGUCAGUUCUUCCGCGGGGCGUGGCACGGGCUGAGGGUGGGGGCCUUCACCAUGGACACCCUGGUGGCAAUUGGGGUCGGGACGGCCUAUGGGUAUUCCCUCGUGGUGUACGGUCUGCGGGUGGGGGGGGUCGCAACCCUCACUAGCUACUUCGAGGCGGCCGGGCUCUUGACGACCUUUAUGCUCCUCGGGCGCUAUCUCGAGGCCCGGGCGAAGCGAGGGACGAGUGGGGCGCUGAUUGAGCUAUUGAGCCUGGUCCCACGGGAGACCCUCGUGGUGAACACGGAGGGGGUGGCGAUUGCAAUGGCAUCCUCGGCGGUGCGGCCGGGUAUGCGGGUUCGCGUGCUCGCCGGGGAGCGCGUCCCGGUUGACGGCGUCGUGCUUGAGGGCUGCUCAGACGUGGAUGAGCAGCUGCUGACCGGGGAGUCCCUUCCCGUCUCCGUCGGGCCCGGCCGCGGCGUGAUCGGCGGAACGUUGAAUCUCACUGCGGUGUUUGAGAUGCAGGCCGAGCGCGUCGGCGCGGCGACGACGUUGGGGGGGAUUCUUCGUGUGGUGGAAGCCGCGCAGGCCUCGCGACCGCCUGUCCAGCGCGUGGCGGACCGCCUCGCGGGGGUUUUCGUUCCCGCCGUCCUCAUCAUAGCGGGGUUGACGCUGGUGGUCUGGAUGACUCUCGGGGCCGCGAGAGCCUAUCCUGCGCGGUGGUGCGCCAACGAGGGGUGGGUCGGCUUCGCGUUUAAUUUUUUCAUCGCGACGGUGGUAUCGGCCUGCCCGUGCGCGCUGGGGCUAGCGACGCCGACGGCGAUCCUCGUCGGGACCGGAGUCGGGGCCCGCAUGGGCGUUCUCGUGAAGUCCGGUGCGGCGCUCGAAAAUGUGCGCGGGACCAGCUGUGUUCUGUUGGAUAAGACCGGGACUAUCACCACGGAAAAGCUGGAGGUCGUCCAGGUCAAAAGCUUUCUUGGACCGGACGCGAUCAACCCUUUGGAUUUCGCCACCUUUACGACCCACCACAUCGUCGGUGGGAAUGCGGAGGACAUGGCGACAACCCCAUUAACGACCAUCCCGACGACAGAUGAGAUGGUUCGGCGGCUCGUGGCGGCCGUGGAGGAACUCUCCACCCACCCCAUUGCGCGUGCUGUCGUUGAGGCGCUUGGGCCUUCCAACGCACCCCCUCCAGCGACUGUGAUGAAGGUGCAGUCCUCGAUAACCCACCCCGGCAAAGGUGUCGAGGCGACUAUCUCGACCACACGCAGUGAAAUAGCGGAUGACAAGGACGAACCGCUUGAGAAGGGUCAGCACCACGUCGUGGUGAGCAAUCUCACCCUGAUGAAUGAGUUAAACGUUGCCGUGGGCAAGGAUGUCGUGGAGGAGGUUCACCGGCGUGGGGAGCGAGGCUACACAACGGUAGUGGCCGCCGUUGACGGUGUCUGCCGCCUGGUGAUUUCGCUUUCGAACGAACCGAAGCUCGAAGCUCGCGGAGUGGUUCAUGCAUUACAGCAAAAAGGUCUGCGAGUGAUGAUGAUCACGGGCGAUAAUGUGGAGGUUGCGCGACGGGUUGGAGAGGAAGUGGGGAUAGCGCCUGAAGACAUAUGCGCCGGCGCACUUCCGGCUACAAAAGCGAAGAUUGUCCAACAGAUUCAGUGCGGAGAGAAUAAACGAGGCGGAGAGGGGAAAAAGGGAAAAGGGAAGCGGGUAAAGGUAAUGUUUGUGGGGGAUGGCAUCAAUGACAGUCCAGCGCUCGCACAGGCGGAUGUGGGGGUGGCGUUGGGCGCCGGAACGGAUGUCGCCAUCGAGGCCGCGGAUGCCGUGCUCAUGCGCAACGCGCUCUCUGAUAUUAUUAAUUUGCAAGCGAUUUCAGUAAUAACGGUACGGAGGAUCUACGCGAACUUUGUGUGGGCCUUUGGUUACAAUUUGAUUAUGCUCCCGCUGGCGAGCGGUGUGGUCUAUCCGUUUAUCCAUCUGCAGGUUCCGCCCGUAGUCGCGGGAUUAGCAAUGGUUUUUUCGAGUCUCACAGUGCUACUUUCUAGCUUAUCAAUUCGAUUCUUUCGCCCUGUCAAGAGGGAAAAUUUUUUGUAG